CUGCGCUUUUCUCGAACAAUGAUAUUUGCUAUUAAGGAGAUAAACAACAGCACAGAGCUGCUGCCGGGCAUCAAACUCGGAUAUCAGAUCUAUGAUACUUGUUCCUCUGGGCUUGUGGCAGCCCAUGUGGCAUUUCAGUUAUCAAAUGGUGAGGACCCAAUGUUUUACAAAAACAGCAACUGUUCCCAAAAUGGGAAGGUGAUGGCUGUUGUUGGAGACUCUGGAUCUACUUCAUCCCUCAGCAUGGCACGCAUCAUUGGACCAUUUAACAUCCCUCAGGUGAGCCACUUUGCCACUUGUGCCUGCCUGUCAGAUAAGCAGCAGUACCCAACAUUUUUCAGAACAAUUCCCAGUGAUCAGUUCCAAGCUGAUGCUCUGGCCAAGUUGGUGAAACACUUUGGUUGGACUUGGAUUGGUGCUGUUUAUUCUGACUCAGAUUAUGGAAAUUAUGGAAUGGCAUCAUUUCUUAAAGCAGUACACAGAGAGGGGAUCUGUGUGGAGUACUCUGAAUCUUUCUUUCGAACUGAUCCACAUACUAAGAUCAGGAGAGUAGCGGAUGUCAUUCGUAGGUCGACCGCAAUGGUUGUUGUUGCUUUUACAGCAGCUGGAGAUAUGAGUGUCCUGUUACAGGAGUUGGCUCGUGAUCCUCCACCACCUCGUCAGUGGAUAGGAAGUGAGGGCUGGGUAACUGACCCAAACUUUUUAAGAUUCAGUUUCUGUGCAGGAACCAUUGGAGUUGCCAUCCAGCAAUCCGUAAUCCCAGGGCUCAGAGACUUUCUGCUGGAUCUCUCUCAAUCUGAUGUAGUUGCCUCCUCGGUGCUUAAUGAGUUCUGGGAGGAUGCAUUCAACUGCAGCUUGAAAAACAGUGAGGUCUGUGAUGGAACAGAAAAUAUAAAACUGCUUAAAAGUCCAUACACUGAAACAUCUCAGCUGAGAAUCAGUAACAUGGUGUACAAGGCUGUUUAUGCAAUUGCUCAUGCCAUUCACAAUGCAGUGUGUGAGAAAACUGAUGGUACUACUAAAUGUGACAAGUACAUAAGACUGGAGUCCAAACAGGUUUUAAUUGAACAUAAAAAAGUCAACUUUUCACAAAAUGGUUAUCCUGUGUCAUUUGAUGCUAAUGGGGAUCCUGUGGCUUUUUAUGAGCUGGUCAACUGGAAGAAGAGUGAGAGUGGCAUUACUGAGCUGGUAACAGUAGGAUAUUAUGAUGCAUCACUACCAAAGGGCCAGGAGCUACAAAUCAAGAGGAGCAUAACCUGGGUGGAGGGUGGGACACAAGUUCCAGUGUCAGUGUGCUCAGAAAGUUGUUCUCCAGGAACUCGUAAAGUGUUGCAGAAAGGAAAACCCAUCUGCUGCUAUGACUGUAUACCUUGUCCUGAAGGAGAGAUCAGUAAUACAACAGAUUCUCCAGAUUGCUUCCCAUGUUCUGAUGAACACUGGUCAAAUGCGAAAAGAGAUGCUUGUUUGCCCAAACCUGUUGAGUUUCUGUCUUUUGAUGAAGUCCUGGCAAUCAUCUUGUCUACAUUUUCUGGUUUGGGCGUGUCUCUGUCCAUCAUAACAGCAGUUAUUUUCUUUUGUCACAGAACAACUCCUGUUGUUAAAGCCAACAACUCUGAGCUGAGCUUCUUGUUGCUCUUCUCUCUGACUCUGUGUUUCUUAUGUUCAUUAACUUUCAUCGGAGCUCCCUCUGAGUGGUCCUGCAUGCUGAGACACACAGCCUUUGGAAUAAUCUUUGUUCUCUGUAUCUCCUGUGUUCUUGGCAAAACUAUAGUGGUUUUAAUGGCCUUUAAAGCUACACUUCCAGGUAGUAAUGUCAUGAAAUGGUUUGGGCCUCCACAACAAAGAAUGACUGUAGUGUUUUUCACUUUCAUCCAAGUUUUUAUUUGUACUGUUUGGUUGGUUCUCAGCCCCCCUUUCCCAAUGAAAAACCUGAGCACAUACAAG